AUGUCAACCCGCAAGAUCUGGGUUAGACGGCCAGGUGGUUCCCCAACGUUGGUGCCAAUUCUGGAUGAUGCCGUAGUGGAUGAGUUACGCGACCAGGUCAUUGUCAAAUUCACCAAUUCGUUGGGCAAGACGUUCGAUUCGCCCGACAUCGUGAUCAAGAUUGUCCCGCGCGAUGGCUCCACCAAACAGUCCACCCCGGAGCGGCUAUUGAACCCAGAGGAAUCACUGGCAUCGGUAUUGGAUACCUACUACCCCGGGGGGCAGCGCGUGGAGGAGGCUCUGGUCAUUGAUGUCCCGCCUCGUCGAACUCCUAAGCCGUCCCCGCGACCGAUGUACUAUCACCACUCCGAUCCCGUUGAACAUGGAGAUUACUUUUCCAUUAUGCCUAUGAAUCCCAAUGUCUCGACGCCCCCAACGCAUGCUUCCAGUGCUGCUACCAGUGUCAAUGCGCAUCAGACUCCGUCGAUAUCGAUUUUAGCUACGGGCAAGGCUCCUCCUCUCCCAUCUCCAGGUAGUACUCGCGCGAAUCGACAUGCCCGUCGACCACCUACGAUACGCCAUCCCACACAUCCCACAAACUCUCCAACGUCGUUGCAGACACCAGUGCCAAAAGUCGAAUCCGUGACCCCCGCUGUUCAAAGUCCUCAAGCAGCUCCGGCAGCUGCUACGCCACCACUCCCACCAGCACCCGAAUCUCCACAAUCUAAGACAUUGACUCCACCCACACGGGGGUCGUCACCGCGAGCACGGCCCUCUUAUAAGGACAAGAAGCCCAACAGUCCAUUGUCGCUGAGUGCCGCGUUCGGCGGUCUCAUCGAAGGCACCGUCCCUCCGAUCAACGUCCUAAUCGUCGAAGAUAACAUCAUCAACCAGAAACUGCUGGAAGCCUUUAUGAAACGUCUGAGUGUCCGUUGGAAGUGUGCGGCCAAUGGCGAAGAAGCCGUGAAAAAGUGGCGCCAGGGUGGCUUCCACUUGGUAUUGAUGGAUAUCCAGCUCCCCGUCAUGAACGGAUUGGAAGCUACCAAGGAGAUUCGACGACUGGAACGGUUGAACGGGAUUGGUGUCUUCCCCAAGACCCCUGAUGGCCGCUCCAGUGCCAACACCAACUCAUACUUUACGUCAGGGGCAGGCCAGGGAGUUUCAAGUACAAUCAAGGAAGAGGAUACACUGCAUGACCGGACACUAUUCAAGAGCCCCGUCAUUAUUGUAGCCUUGACGGCUAGCAGUUUACAAAGUGACCGUCACGAAGCCCUUGCCGCUGGCUGCAACGACUUCUUAACCAAGCCCGUCGGCUUCCCCUGGCUCGAACAAAAAGUCACAGAAUGGGGCUGCAUGCAAGCCCUAAUCGACUUCGACGGCUGGCGCAAAUGGCGCGGCUUCAACGACGACCCCGAACCCUCUCCCUCCCCCACAACAGACGGCCACGCGAGUCCCAUGCACAUGAGCACGGCAGUAACCAAGCCUCCGUCUCCGGUAUUACCGUCAUCAACCCGCAGCCCGAUGGUUAAGAAUCAGGUUGAUGGGGUUGUGCCGGUGGCGGCGGACGAAGGCGAAGGGAGAGCAGAGGAAGAUCCGCCGCAGCUUCCGGAGCAGGCGGAGAUUGUACGUGAGGAUGGUGAAUAA